AUGGUUACGGUGUUGGGAUUGAUGGAGAAGAGAGUAUGUCGUCCAACAUUAUCAAUACCACUCCUUGCAAUACUGAAUAGAAGUGGUGCAAGUUCUUCAUCAAAAUCAAGAGCCAAAAUGUUGUCUCUAGAAACCAUAUCUCAAUACUUCUACAUGCCGAUGGCUCAAGCAGCUGAAGAAAUGAAUGUCAGUGUGACAACUCUUAAGAAAAGAUGUCGAGAGCUGCGCAUUAAACGUUGGCCCAAUCGAAAGUUGAACAGCUUAAAGAACUUAGAAAAAAGCAUUCAGGACUCCGGGAAGAACGAAGAAGAGCUGGAGUUAUUGGAGAAGGAGAGGAAGCUGGUUGAGGAAGUUCCCGAUUUGCAACUCGAGGAAAAGACGAAGCGGCUCAGACAGGCUUAUCUUUAUAAGGCCCAAAGCUCCUCCAGAUCAAAAACAGCUUCUGCUUGA